CCAGGCAACAAAGAGGUCUCACACGUGUGGACGGCCUUCUGCAGGCAGCUGCUGCCUGCUGCCUGGUGUAGAUGGUUUUGGGGGGAAAGGGGCAGGCGGGCAGGGAGGCUGUUUGGGUGCUCAGCGCCCAGGGGGACAUCUAGGAACUUCAGGCACCGCAAGGAGAGAAAGUUUUAGACUCUCCGAAGUUGGCUGAGAGCUGCCAAAAUUCCUCAUGGAUUUUCAAGGAGGAAGUUUAGAAAUCUGUGGCCGGGACCAGCCCAUCCUCGGAGCCGACAGAGCAAUGGGGAGGGAGAGCCAUUGUGUCACACCGAGGACCUACUAAGCCAAGCAUGGAGGAAGGAGGCACCCCAGUCAGGCUGGGAGGAAGAAGGUACCCCAGCCCCCUGCCAGGCGGCCUGCGCGCAGUUCUGCCAGUGGAUGCCGACCAGCACCCUACCGCCUCCAGCCCAGAGCCCGGGAUGCCGUCACCCUGCUUCCCGCCGGGGUCAGCGGUGUCUGCCCUGCAGUCUAAGGUCAACGCCCUUUCCAAGCACAGGGCGGUGGGGAAGGAGCGAGACAACAGGGGGCAGCCAGUCAGAUCCAGCCACUCACAUGGGGGCAGGAAACUGUCACCUGUGCUCCCGGGUCCAGGAUCACCCCCUUCCUGCAGGUCGUGGCACUGCAGCAGUGACGAUGAGGGGGAAUCCCAGCUCCAGGACCACGCCCAUCCCUGGAAUCACUUGACCCCACAUGACAUGGAGGUGCAGAGGGAGGUGGUGGGGGAGGAUGAGGGUGAAGGAGGAGCCACCUCUAGUUCAUCCUCUUUGCCUUGGGAAGCCUCUGCGGAGUUCAGUGUGGAAAUCCUCCAGGAAGGACCAUCUUCCAAGCCCCGCAGCCCCUGCAAAGGCUUCCCUCGACCCGGGACGCCUCCCACGAAUGGGGGCGCCCCCCUGGUGGAGGGGAGUCCCCAUAGUGAGCCGGCAGGGAGCUCGUUUGUAUGGAGGGACCUUCAGAGGUCGGACAGCCUGGAGAGCCACUUUCGGCGAUACUGGGAGGGGGAGCCGGACCUGGCGGCCCCACUGGGGGGGCUCUGGAGGGCCGACAGCUGGGAGAGCGUAUGCAGCGGCGGGGGCGCCCUCUCGCUGGCCGAGAGGGUCGAGAUGAACCGCGCCAUCCUCAGGCAGAUGCUCAACAAGCCCAAGAGCAUAGACGCUGAGGGCCUGAAGCAGAGGCCCAAACAGAACGGGAACAAAGGACAUUACAGUUACAUGUCUCUGAACUCCAAAGCAACCCUGAAUGACAGCGACUGGGACUCCGGCAUCUCGCUCCAAGAUGGCGAGCACUGCGCAAGCAGGGCCUUUGUGCUCGGUGAUGACCUACCUCUGAGCCCCCGGCAGGAGCAGGCCAAGAGGCUGCUGGAACGCGCGCGUAUGAAGGCCCGCUGCAAGCCGCUCAAGGCGGACCACAGCAUCCUGCCCGUCCCGAGGGACAGCAGUCCGGAGGCCCUGUCCAGGGCUGCAGCACCGCUGCUCAGGUCUCUCCCAGGAAAGGAAGGGGCAGCAUCAGGAAAUCUGAGUGACUCAUCGAGCAGCGACUCAGCCUGCGGCCCCCGCCGGCGACACGGCCAGUCCCCCACGCGGGUGCGCUUUGAGGACGAAUCGGAGAAGGACGCCGAGGUGCGCUACCUGGAGAGGCUGCGGCAGAGGCGGCGGGCGGGCGAGAGGGCGCAGGGCCUGCUGGUGUCCAAGCCCAACCUCUCUGCUUACGUCAACGGCAAGAAGGAUGGCGGAGAUCCUGGCGGGGCGGCCCGCCGAGGGCGAGCGGCACAAACCGUGCCUGAGUGCCGGGCCUGGGGGCCGCAGGAGGACAGCCUGGGGAAUGGCAGGGGGAGGGUCAUGAUUGUGAGUAAGGAUCCGACCAGCAGGAAGUGUCACUCUUGCGGGGGCUUAGUGGAUGGGCCCCCAGGGUCCCGUGCCAAUGCCGGCUUGAGCCCCCCAUCACCACAGCAGCCCCAUGGGAAGGGCACGCCGAGCCAAGUGCCGGUGAACAGUGUGAAGCGCACGGUCCGCACCGAGCGCAUUAAGGAGACCUACAUCGGCGAGGUUGCCCUCACAGAGGACCGUGGCCCUGACUGCCUGCACAGUGAUGGCGGGAACCUGAGCACCAGGCCGUGGCCCCCUGGAGAAGAGUGGCAGGUCUCUGGUGAUGUCACAGUGCUGCCUCCCAACCCAUAUGCUGCAGAGCAGCCUGAGAAACCCUGCCACUGCUCGGUGUCCCUGGAAACUCAGGUGCGCCCCCCGAUGGAUGCCAGUGGCCAUAGCCAUCAGGACACCAGUCCUCUGCCAAAAAAAUCUGCCCUGAAAUUGGGGCCCAGGAACCGGCCGAGCGGCCAGUGGGUGAUGAAGCUCAUGCCCUCACCUCAAGGCCUCUCCCCCCACUUGGAUUCCCCUGAAAGUCUGGAGUCAAGACUCCCCCAGGGGGCGGAGCAAGAGCCACCUGCCCCUGCUGCUGCAUGUCCCUGCCAGGAGCAGCAGUGUGUCGGGCCGGGCUACAGGCCAGAAAGCUCCGCUCUACCCCCUCUGAGCUGGGGCCCAGGUCCAUGCAUCAGGCCCUCUGUACUGAAGCUCCCCCCCAGCAGGGCUCUGCCUGACCACCCGGCUCUGGAGCCCUGGGAUGGUGCACCGGAAUCAGCAGGUCACUACCAACAGUGGAAUGGAGACCAAUGUCAAGACCCCGCCUCUGCCUCACGAGCCCCCAACUGUAGGCCUGACGGGCGGGUCAGGGGGCCAAUGAGAGCAGAACACCUGAGGGCAGACAGUCCUGACAUGACUCUCAGACCGGAGCCCUACAGGCGGGCCCCAGAACAUGGUUCUGAGCAGCGUGAGGGCAGAUCCAAACUAUCACUGCGCAAGUUCUUCUCUGCUAUUGGACUGAACAGCGUCGGCAAGCUGGUGAAGGCACGUUCCAGCAGCAUGGAACACCUAAGCCUGCCUGCCAAGCAGAGCGCUGCCCCCCUCAGCCCCCCCCACGGCCAGCUGAAGAAGGCACCCUCACUCCAGACACUGAAUGUGGAGUCUCCCUUGACCCAGUUGCGGAAAGCCUCGUCUGUACAAAGCCUGCAAUCCCCCAAGAGGAAAACAGACCGGUCGGGUGCGUAUGCCCCAGGACAGCAGCCUUGCAGCCCAGUUUACAGCAGGGGGCUCCAGCGAGCACUGAGCGUGGAGGAUGUGGGCUGCCCCAGUCUGGUGCGGUCAGUGGGCCGGGUUGCCCAAGCCUUCCCUGAUGGGACUUUGUUGCUGGAGCUCAGCAGACCCUCCCAUGGCCCCUUUGGCUUCCUCAUCUCUCGUGGGAAAGGGCGACAGGAUUCAGGUGUGUACGUGGAGGAGAUGGGGGACAGCAGCACGCAGAAGCUCUACGCCGGUCUGCUGGGGAUCGGAGACGAGAUCCUGGAGGUGAACAGGGAGAAGGUGGCCGGGCUGAGCCUGGACCAGGUCACACGGCUCAUGACACAGGAGAGCACGGCCUCCAUCCGCGUGCUCCGACACCGCCGCUUCCCGCGCUGACUGCAGAGCAACCAAGCCUGGGAUGGCAUCCAGGCCGAAGAGGAACAUCAUGGGGGAAGCGGGUGACGAGACAUCCAUCUCCUCAGUAGAUGCCUGGGGGAUUUCAGAGCUGUCAUGUUAUUCCUAAAUGCUCUUCCCAUCCUUCUUAAACCUUUACCUGUACUUCAAACUGUGGAGAUUACAGUGGACUUGCUUCAAUGAUUAACAUAUACAGUAAGACUGUUUUGUGGCCAUCCUGCAAUCCAGUCUGCCCUUGACCUAGCCCAGUCAUGUGACCUGAGUAUGUUGAUUUAUGUUCCUGGCCUGGUCAUGUGACUGGAGGAUGCUGGUUUAUGUUCCUGGCCUGGUCAUGUGACUUGAGUAUGCUGAUUUAUGUUCCCGGCCUGGUCAUGUGACUGGAGGAUGCUGGUUUAUGUUCCUGGCCUGGUCAUGUGACUGGAGGAUGCUGGUUUAUGUUCCUGGCCCGGUCAUGUGACUGGAGGAUGCUGGUUUAUGUUCCUGGCCUGGUCAUGUGACUGCAGGAUGCUGGUUAAUGUUCCUGGCCUGGUCAUGUGACCUGAGUAUGUUGAUUUAUGUUCCUGGCCCGGUCAUGUGACUGGAGGAUGCUGGUUUAUGUUCCUGGCCUGGUCAUGUGACUUGAGUAUGCUGAUUUAUGUUUCUGCUUGACUCAGUAUGGAUAUUUAGUAAGUUCUGGUUAUGAUUCAAUAUUCAAGGUUUUCUAAAUCCUUUGUUCCCCGUAACCUCAUUAUCAGUGUUUAUUAAACAUAAUUGUGUUUUUAAUUAAUGACUUUAUUACAUAAUAGUUGUUGGAGUCAUAUAUCAGAUGAUGAAAACUAGGUUUAAUACUAGUUUGAACACCUUCAUACUUAUUGAACUUGUAACUCUUCUACUCACAGAACAUAGCUUUUAAUGGUACCCACUGGUAAAAUGAGGCCGCCUGAAACCUAAACCAGCAUAUACAGGGCCAAGGCUGUAUCCUGGCAAAACUAUUGAGAUUCAUAAAAUUCAUUUUCUUAUUAGGGUGACCGACAAACAUUGAUGGGCUAGCAGGGGGCACAGUGCCUAAGGAACUGGCCUGACCCAAAGCCUGCAGACAUUAAUUCUGAGUUACAGCCCUGCUGUUGUUCCCUGAAAUGCGAAUCCUGAACAAUGAAAUUGCUUCUUAGGUCACAAGGUGACGCUGCAGAAGAUUCCGACUUCAGUCGCUUAUUAGGAAACAAUCUGGCACGUGUUCUAAAGCCAGAGAUAAGCCACCUAUGAAUUAACACAGAUCAGAUGAGGCUGUGAAUUGUGCGGAUUUAUAUCACAGUGUCAUUUAUCCCGCCAUAAACACCCGCCCACGCAUCUGAAGGCUCCGGAUACCAGCGCAUUUAGACGGAUUUAUUUUCUAUGUCCGAAGUUAACUUGUGCUUUUCUAAUGUAGAACCACGCUUGACAGAAGGGAGGGGGAGUGCGAUGGCAUUUAUUAAUAAAAGACAAAUCAUUCAUGUUUACAUGACAACCCUUGUGAAACACGUACAACUCCCUGGUAGAAACAUUACGUUAAUGUUUACCAGGUAAUUCGGGGGACAUCAGGGGAGACACAAAGCAGUCCUCACUUCACGAAGCCUGUCUGCAGAGUCCUGGUGUCCUGUUACGAAGGGUGACCAGGCCAAUUGCCUGGGCUUAAACUAAGGAAGGCUCUCAUUUUUUCCAUAUCUAGAUGCAUAGAAAACAUCCAGGCGAAGGACCACCUGAGAGUGUUUAUUUAUUGGGGAUCAGAAAGAGUGAACUUUAUGAAGCCCGAAUCCCAAAUGACAGUGAACAGGGCAAAGUAGUUAUGAAAAACAGUCCGGUUGUGUAGUGAUUCCACAAGAAGGGUUUGUUACAGGGAGGCGAGGCGCACUCACUCAAAAGAUGGAGUGAUGAAACUGAAAUCACAAACUUUCAGCCAAGACCAACAAUUUCAUGUUGUUUUUUCAGAUCAGAUGAUGUCAUUUGGGUUAUUUUUCAAGGGAUUUAAGAAAAAGUGAAAACUGUGAUGUCUCCAGUGCCCAAUGACUCAGCCUAGGAUGCAUAGAAUAUACAUUUGCACAUUUCCACUGCAGUGUGUGCCAGUAUUAAUUUAGUCCUGUGAUGUAACAAUGUAACACUUUCCAUUGGUGACAAAACAUGGUGCUGAUACCAAAAAAGGACCCCAGUGCGAUUAAUGUUUCACAUCCGGACCAGCGAGGCGGCCCGUUUCCCAUUUUAUCACCUACAACUUUUUCACUAUAUAAAAGCUGAGAGUCAUUCUCUAAUUAUAACAGGUCUCUGAGGUCACAGCCAACCGGACGUCAGGGCUUACCUGCAAGGGUGGGACAUGAGCUCAUAUCUACAAUUGCAUUAUUACACCUUCUAGGUAUUUCUGCUGUCAUGUUUACAAAUCAAGGCGAAUAAAGAAUUUGAAUAUA